GGCCUUGCGCAGCGGGCUAGGAGCAGGAGCGCGAGGUUGAGCGUUCUCCCGGGGCGAGGAGCGGGGCGAGGGGGUGGCCCGUCCCCGGGGUGCGGGGAGCGGCGAGCACGGCUGCGCCCGGUCUAGCAGUCGCUCUCCGACCCCUCCGCAGGGGCCGCGAGCCGCCCGCCGCCGGCAGGAUGGAGCACUACCGCAAAGCCGGCUCCGUGGAGCUCCCGGCGCCCGCCCCGGUGCCCCAGCUGCCGCCGGGCACCCUGGAGAUGCGUGUGCGAGAUGGCAGCAAGAUCCGGAACCUGCUGGGGCUGGCCCUGGGCCGGCUGGAGGGCGGCGGCACUCGGCACGUGGUGUUCUCGGGCUCGGGCCGCGCGGCCGGGAAGGCGGUCAGCUGUGCGGAGAUCGUCAAGCGGCGCGUGCCCGGCCUGCACCAGCUCACCAAACUGCGCUUCCUGCAGACGGAGGACAGCUGGGUCCCGGCCUCCCCCGACACGGGCCUGGACCCCCUCACCGUGCGCCGCCACGUGCCUGCAGUGUGGGUGCUGCUCAGCCGCGACCCCCUGGACCCCAGUGAAUGUGGCUACCAGCCCCCAGGGGCGCCCCCCGGGCUGGGCUCCGUGCCCAGCUCCAGCUGUGGCUCCCGACCCCAAAGAAGGCCUCGAGACGGCCGGCCCUGAACCCUGCGGAGCCAGGCUGUUCUCGGGCCUGAGUGACUGGGGUGACUGCCUCUCCCGGGAAGCGGGACGUCCCCAGCGAAGCCUGGCCCGCAGAAGUCCUGCUCCGCCCGGCGCGCGGGGAAGGGCCCCGGUGCUGUGCGCAGCGGCGGGCGCGGGGCCUCGGCCGCGCUCGGGGCUUGAGCGGGGCGUACUCCGCUUCCCGGCACACCGCACCUGGCCUCCAGACGGAGGCUUGGGGGAAGAGCCGGGAAAUAAAGGUUCUGCCGUCCGCCCCACGA